AUGAAGACCAUUACUUUGACCAUCCUCGCUUUAGCUGCAGUGCUGGACGCGAAGCCCUUCUUUGGUUUUAGAAAAUUUGGAAUAAGAGGCUUAAGAAGUGGCUACGGAAACAGCGUUAUUAGUCUCGGAAACGUUGGUGUUGGAACGGGAGUAUAUAGUCCAUAUAUUCCAUAUGGAUGUGGUGGCAGUUUCCAAGCCCGGCCAGUCAUUAAUCACGCUGAGAACAUAGAAAAUCAUGACGUCGGCGGCAGUGAAUUCUUUAACACUGGAGCCCAAUCCGCUACUGGUUUCAACCAAUUCGGCAACGGUCUCAACCAAGUCGGCACCAGUUUCAACCAAAUUGGCAACGGUCUCAAUCACUUCAGCAACAGACCCAAUAAAUUGAGCAACGGCCCAAAUCAAUUCAACACCGGUCUCAACCAAGUCAGUAACGGUCUCAAUCAGUUUAGCAACGGCCCUAAUCAAUUAAACAACUGCCAAAAUCAAUUCAACACCGGUCUCAACCAAGUAAGCAACGGUCUCAAUCAGUUCAGCAACGGGCCCAAUCAAUUAAACAACUGCCAAAAUCAAUUCAACACCGGUCUCAACCAAGUAGGCAACGGUCUCAAUCAGUUCAGCAACGGCCCCAAUCAAGUCAGCACCGGUCUCAACCAAGUUGGCGACAAUCUCAAUCACUUUAGCAACGGCCCUAAUCAAUUGAGCAACGGCCUCAAUCAACUCAGCAACGGAUGCGGAAGCGUUCAGGAAAUAACUUGUUUAAAUUAA